UCCUCAACACCUGUAGCACAUCACUUAUGUCCUCGUCGGUCAAAUGCAAUGGCCAUGAUCGGCCCGUGCUCAUCUUUUGUACGGUGUGUGAUGUGGCCAUAUGUGACAAGUGCUUGACCAGCAAGGAACACAGGGGCCAUCCCCGCUCCUCUCUCAAAGAUGCAUGUGAGAAGCAAAUGGCCGAUCUAGCAAAGAGCACGAAGGAUUUAGAGGGAAAAAUGAGGAAGCUAGGCAGCGUCCCAGCACUAGAACCAAUAUUGACUGGUUUGGAGAAUAACUUUACUAAAUCUAAAGAUAAGAUAAACAAGCUGUAUAAGGACCUUGACGUCAUUGUGGAGGAAAAUAAGAAAAAGGCACUCCAACUGUUAGAUGCCAUGGAAAAACAGCUGAGCGACAAACUCCUUGAUGUUGAGGAGAAGGCGGAAGAAAUACAGCAGGGAAUGGCAGACAUCUCAAACGAUUUGCAAGAGCUUGAAAACGAAACUGACCAGAACACUGCUGACACUCUGAAACAAUACAAGGAACUGGAAGAAAGGUAG